AACGUACGUUCCCCCACACCACUGCAUGUAAAAAAGGCUUAAAGCUUAAGUCAUUGCGUAGUAGAUGAACCGGGAGUAAUGUUCAUUAAGAACCCUGGUUUCCAAAUUGGAAGGGAGCAUGGCCUCUUGCAUGCAUUCAGACAUGUCCACAACUGAGCUGCUGUAGUUUCCACUUGUUCCAUCUCUCCCGAUGGUGUUAGCCUCAGCAUUGUUAACAAAUAAAGCCCCACUCUAUUCAGUGAAACAUCAAUGUGUAUUUGCAUACACAAGACAAUGGUUCAGUUCGAAACCAAAUCAGUAUUUGACAUGUUUCAUGUUGAGACCUUUGAUGCGGAAGUUGUAGGUAGCUCAGCUGUGUCUGUUGUGUCUUGGUCAGGACUGUCGCCGAGGAACUAUAUGGAGAGUCUGAAGAGCUUAAGGAGGAGUCUAAAAAUCGAUGACAGAAUCUUUAAUUUAUUAGCAAGAAUCAGGAGGGCUCAUUGAUGUAAGGAGGAACUGUAUUGGGGUUUUCAUCAGAUCAGAGGGAGGACUGGAAAGCGAUAUAACUUGGAUUCUACCAACAACCUAUUCAUCAAAAGUAUCCAAAGCUGAGAAACACCUAACUAACACAGAGAUUGAUUCUAGAGACUCUAAUUGGAGGAUGUUGGUAGAAAGUACACACUUUAUGUGUCGGAACUACUUGCAAUUUAAGCAUUGUCCUCUCUAUCUAUUAACCUCUUAACUACUCAUUAGGCCUCUUUAAGCCCUCAUAUUAUACCAUUCUCUUUCUACUUUUAACGACCCCAUAAUCCUCGAAUCUGUCUUCUCCCAUCUUUAAGCUACAUGGUCAAAGACUCAAAGUUCAGUACUUUGUGGACUUGUUAUUAUCUCUGCAUCCACCCAUUUCCUUAGAAAACUCACUUUUAAACGUCAUUUCUAUCUUUUGAUCAAAAAAAAAAAACGUCAUUUCUAUCUACUUCGGUCAAUAACAUUUCCUUAUUGUGUACUGUAUAAUUCGAAUAUUUUUCUUCAAAUUAUAUGAAUAAGUACUAAUCUUUUGCUUAAUAGUUUACUAGUGACAUCUCUGGAUGAUUUGAGAGUAAUAAGUUUGUUGUAAUGGUUUUGCUUAUUGUCAAUAAAUAUAUUAAGAUCACCUAAAGAGUGAGUGAAAAUUAAUUUGUUAUUUUUGAAUUAAAUGAAUGUGUAAUACUUAUGUGAGUGAUAAAAUAUUUUUAGUGAUUUUAUCUAAUGUUACCCCCCGUGAUAAAAAAAAUUAAUUUAAUUAAAAAUGAAUGAAAUAUGAAAUUAAGCAAGAAUAUCUUUUAAAAAUUAUAAGGUGGUGGCAUUGUAUAAUUUGAAAUAAAAUUUAUACAUAUUUCACUUAGAAAUUGUUGUUUAUUGACAUUACCUAUUAUUGAUGCAUCAAUAAACACAUUAAGAUUAACAAAAAAUGAGUGAAAUCCGAGAGUAAUAAUACUCUCUCCGUUUUUAAUAUAAGUCGUUUUACAGCUAUGCACGUAAAUUAAGAAAACCAUUAAUUUUUUAUAUUUUCUAAACAAAAACAUCAUUAAUUAUUUACUUAACCACAAUUCAACCAAUAGAAAUAUAGAAGAUAUGUUAUCAUUAAUCAAAUAACAUUAGUUAUUAAUAAAUGUUAAAUAGAAAACCGAAAACAAUAUAUAAUUUAGAACAAAAAAGUUUUUCUAAAAUAAUUUAUAUUAAAAAAUGGAGAGAGUAUUUCUUAAUCUGAUUACCAGCAACCCGAUAUAUGCAUGAUGAUAGAUUGUCAUUUAAUGAUUUUACUUAUUGUUAGCGCCGCACUAAAUAUAUUAAAAUCUAAAUCUCUUUGCAGCAUGAUUUUAAAAAAAUACUGUUUUUAUUUUGACUAAUGGUGACAUACUAUAUGAUCAAAAUUAAAAUAUAAAAAUAAUAUAUAUAUAUAUAUGUGUAUAUAUAUUCGAAUAAUAGAUUGUCAUUUCAUAAUUUUAGUUAUUGUUAGUGCCGCUAUAAAAACAUUAAAAUUCAACCGUCUCUGCAACAUCAUUUUUCAAAAUAAUACUCCAUCAUUGACUAAAGACGUCACUAUAUUGUCGAAAUUAGAAGAAACUAAAUACAUGUGUGAGUGAUAGUUUAUCGCUCAAUGAUUUUCUAUACUGUUAGCGCUCUAAUAAACACAUUAAAGUCCAACCAUCUAUGCAACGACACUUUCAGAAUACUAUAUUCUAGUUUUGAUUAAAAGCGACACUAUAUGUUCUAGUUUUUAUUUGUAAGUAGUUUUAGCUAGAAUUAUAAAUAUUAAGAAAAAUUUUACUUUUGAAAAAUUAGUAUUUAAUACAUAAAUUCAACCAAUAAUAAAAAAGCAUGAAUUAUUUGAUUGGUCACAAAACAUGUAAUAAAUGUAAAACGUGUUUUGGAUUAUGUAAAUAUUUUACAUUAUGAAACAAACAAUUUUUACUAAAACUACUUACAUAUCAAAACAGAGGGAGUAAUAAAUUAUUUUUUAAUGAUUUUUCUCAUUAUUCGCUCUGCAAUAUCCACAUUAAAAUUCAACCAUUGGUUGCACUAUUUGAUUAGUAUUAAGUGAAAAUAAAAUACAUAUGUGUGAAUAAUAGAUUGGCUUUUAAUUAUUACAACUAUUAAUAGCGUCGCAAUAAACACAUUAAAUCUAUUACAAAAAUGAGAUUUGAAUAGUUCUUUUUCUUUUGUCAGUUCACAUGAGAUAUGAUUUCUGGAAAUACAUACUUUUUAAGUUUUUUACAAACAAUAGAAAGGUGAUUUAAUUGACUUUUGUAUUCCUCUCAUUGAAGGAAAAUCUAUAAAUGUGAAAAGAAAAUAUAUUUCUGUUUUUAUUAAAAAGAACACUAUAUCAUCGAAACUUAAAAAGGCAAUAGAUUAACGUUUUAUAAUUUUGCUCCCUCUCAAUACCCACACUAAAAUCCAUCCAUUGGUUACACUAUUUAAUCAAAAUUAAGGUAUCAACUGUGUCUGUAGCUGCCGAUAAUCUUGCCGCUCACGCAUCUGGCUCAGCUGAGAAUAGAGCCGUAGAGAAGACAGCUUUUGAUGUGAAGCUGGAGAAGUUUGAAGCGGCGUCGAAGAUUAAGGUGAAUAAGGAGAUCAGAGUAUUUACGGAGCUGGGACUGAAAGGAGCCGGAGGCGAUGAGAAUCCAAGAGGCACGACGAUCUUGGCAAUGUUUGAACAGCAGCCAGCUUUCAAAUCCGCUAGGAAAAUUCUUGAAUCCGCCAGCGGGUUGAUGCUUAACAGAGAGUGUUCUUUCAGAGAACAGAGAGGUGUAGUUGCUCAUCGCAUUCACCGAAUACAUUUAUAGGCGAAGGUGCAAUCGGUUACCGUAGAUGAUGAUGAGGCUGAUUAAUUGCGAGAGAGUGAGAGGAGAGAUCAAAAUCACUUGAAUGAUUGUAGUAAUGUAGAGGAAAAACUGAAACUGCAAACGUUACAAAGAAGCUGCUGGGAUUUGGUGAAUCUCGAACGGCACGGGAACUCUGUUAGCCUCCUCCCCCUAUUGAAAGAAGCCCAAAAUAAAUUCUGGAAAAAUUAGUGGGGCACUGAAUUUGACACUUAAAAUCCGAAUCCCAUUGUAACGCGACAAAACAUUUUUUGUAAUUGAAGAGAGCGUGCCACGUGGCACAAUAUUGGAAUAGGAGAGGUGACGUGGACGCAGGAGGAGCUUUUCUAAGCAAUUUUAUUAUUAUAGAUAUAGAUAUGUGCUUCCAUCGUAUUGGUUCGACUGACAUGCACAAAGAACUACAUAAGAUAUAUAAGUAUUUAACUAUACAGAGUAAACAAUAAAAUAAUUGAAGAAGUUAAAAAAAUGGAAGAAAGAGUUAGUGGAACUCUUUAAAUUUCAUAAACACAAAACUUUCCAAUUUUUUUUAAAAAAUAAAAGUUAUAACAAUUGUCUGUGCAUAUAAGUCACUCACAAAUGUAUUCAUUACCAAUUUUUAUCACAAUUCUAAGUUUUUAAUCUUCAACAAUGUGGGGGAAGUAACACACUAAAAAACAUACAUGAGAUGAAUAUAUUGAGGACAUUUAACAUGUAAAUAAAUAAUGCAUUUUAUUUACUUUUUUUAUUGAAUUUCUUUGAAUAAGAGACAUAAUUUAGUUUUACUUAAAAUAAUGAGUAUUUAUAUUAUCUUUACCUACUAAUAUUGUAAUAAAAUAUAUUAUAAAUAUCAAAAACAUAUAAGAAAAGUAAUAAAAAAAUAUAAAAUAAAUAAUAUAUAUAACAAAUUGAAAUAUAUAAUCCGCGCACGGACCGACCCUUUUUAUUUUAAGUGAAAUAACACGUGUCUACAAUUUAACCAAUUAAAUACUAUAACUAGAAUUUAAUUCAUUUUUUUCAUUCUGCUCUUCACCUUAUAUAUAAUUUCCAAUAAAAAAAAUUGGAUACUAAAAUUUUUAAAUUGUGUAAGCCAAAAGCAAUGAAUGAUUUAAAAUUAUAUAUUUUAUAUUUGUCUAUAGCUAUUUAUAUUCUUAUUAUAGAUUCUAAAAUUUAUAUAUUAAAUAAACGUACUAAAUAUAUAAUCAAAAUUAAAAUUAAAACAAAAAACCCGGGCGUAGCCCGGGCCGACCCUAGUGUAUUAAAGUUACCAAAUGUUAGGAGAAAUUAAAAGUGAGGAUAUUACGUCAGUUUUGUUGCCAAACAAUUUUUAUUAGUUAUAAUUAUUUUAGGAAAUGAUGUAAAUUGGAAAAAACAAAUAUUAAUUAAAGUUAAGAUUAUUUAUUACUUUAUUGGCAUUGCUUUUGUAAAUAAAUUAUAAGUUUUAGGGGUAUUUUUUAUUUGUACUUCUAUUUUAAUAAGAUAGACGCGUGAGUAAUAGAUUCUCGUUGAAUAACUAAGUCUAUUAAUAACACUGCAAUAAUCACAUUAAAUCUAUUACAAAAACAAGAUUUGAAUAGUUCUUUUUUUUUGUCAAUUUGCAUGAGAUAUGAUUUAUGGAAAUACGUACCUUUAAAUUUCUUUACAAACAGUAAAAAAUGAUUUAUUUGACUUUUGUUUUCAUCUCAUUGAAGGGAAAAUUUAUAAAUGUAAAAAUGAAUGACAUUUCCAUAUCAUUCUACAAAGAGAUGGGACGCAAGAGUAGCAUAUAAAAGACCACAAGACAUGACACAAACAUGCAUAUCUUCAUCUCUUUAGACGACUAAACCGAAAAACGAGAAGGUAAUCUACUUUUCUCACUCGUCGUGUCUAUUUUUAUUUUUUUUUCAUUAGUUUAUAAUUCAUAUUCUCCAGAACUCUGAUUCCAAUCAUAAUGCGAGAUUCCAGUAACCUCUUUAAUGAGAGAUGAUCAUUGGUCAAUGGUCAUCCAAAUAUCUACAACUGGUUUGUUUUUGAUAAGUAGUGUAUACUUCAAUUUUUUUUGACCAACCAUUUUGGCUUUCUGAUCAUUUGUUGUAUUUGAUUCAUGCAAUUCAUUUUAUUGCUUAUGAUAUAUGUUUUAUGGAUCUCUAUGCACUUUUGCUUUCUUUUGUACAAGUAGUGUCAAUGUUGUGUGGAAGACUGAUAUGAACCUUGAGAUUAAUUAGUCUUUAAGAAAAAGGUUUUGAAUUUGUUUUUCAUGGCUAAGUGUUGUUUCUGGUAAAUGUUGACAUCAUUUUAGCAGGAAAAAUGCCAAAGGAGAGACCAGUUCCAAGCAACCGGACCAGAGUGUCACCAUACCCACUUCGCUCUACAAGGACUCAGAAAGAACCUAUCGAGGCACCAGGGCCAAGCCAAUGGGAGGAUGUCAUGUGUGUGAUCUGCCAGGAAGUGCCACACAAUGCCGUCCUCCUGCGCUGCUCUUCAUCCUCUAAUGGAUGCCGUGCUUACAUGUGCGACACGAAUUUUCGUCACUCCAACUGUUUCAAGCAGUACCGCAAAAAAAACAUGAGCCGCGUAACCAAGGUCUUGAACUGUCCGUACUGCAGAGGAGAGGUUCAUGAGGCGAUGAAGGUGCAGUCGGGAGGAAGGAGAGCUAUGAAUGCUAAACCGAGGUCUUGCGCUUUCGAGAACUGCAACUUCUCAGGGACAUAUUCUCAGCUUAAGAAUCACUUGAAAGCUGAUCACCCUGGUUCCACCCGACCCUUGGUCGACCAGGAGAGAGUGCGGGCAUGGGAACAGAUGCAGAGAGCUACUGAGCACAAUGAUAUCAUGACUGCAGCUGGUCUCUCGCAUGCCUUGGAGGUUUCCUAUGAACAGCUUCCCAAUGUUCCUCCUCGUCUAGUGAUUUUGCAUUGGGUCAAUGGCGUGGUGCUGAGCAUUUUGCAUUAUGAGCUUCCCAAUAGUCUUCCGCAAAGUUUCGUGGUCCGGGCUGGGGUCAAUGGGGUGGUGCGGGACUAUCUUUUGCGCUUCAACGGGCUUGACACUACUUUGCCUCUCGUGAACAUAAUUCGUAGAUGGACUCUCUGAAGAUUCUUAGCCAUUGUUCAAAAUUUGGAUAUAUAAUUAACCCUUUUUGAUGUUUCAAAAAUAUACAUAAGGUUCAAUACUAUAUCAUUCAUUCUAUAAUUCAUACUAGGUGAUUCUCAUGUGCUUAUUUAUAAAGUAAAUAUAUUAUAAUAACUAACUAAAAUUUUACUUUCAAUUUUUUUUAAUAUUUUACAUAUAACUUUUUUAAAUAAUAUAAUAUUAUUUUAAUUACAUACGUAAUUUUAGAUAUAUAAUGUCAUGUCAAUUUAGUUAUUAUUUGGAUGUAUUAAAUUAUUUAUAUCUCUCCAAAUUCAAAAAUAACUUUUUCUAAACAGAUACAAUUUCGAUUAAUUUUUUAUUUGCAUUUGGGUUAGCUGUUAUGUUUGAUAGCAAAAUAAUGUAUAACAAUAUAUAUAUGUCUAAAAAUUGAAUAGAAAAUAACUAAAGUUGACUGAGUCAAAAUUAAAUAAAUGAAAAUAAGAUAAUAUGUUGAAAUUUAUUCUAAAUAAUAUUAAACAUAAGAAUUAGAUUUUCUUGUAUAUUUUUAUUAUACAUAUAUUGGAUUAUAUGAAUAUAAAGAAAAAAUAAAUUAAAACAAAAGUAAAUAUUAAGCAAAACAAAGUUCUUUUUCAAUACGGUAAAGUAUAAUACUUUUAGUUUAUUAAAAUAAUUUAGAGUUAUGCUAGUUAAAACAAUUUUUUAAUUAUUUGAUCAAAAUAUGUUCAUAGUAAAGAAGUGUUAUUAGUUUCCUUUUGUAAUAUUUUUUAUCUUGCUUAAAAUAUUUGUUUUUAAAAAUACACACUGAUUUUUGGGAUUUGUAUAUAAAAUCAUUUUAUAUUAGUUAAAUAUUUUGAAACGUUUUAUAGAUAAUGUUUUUCAUUUUGUAGUCUGAUAAAAAUGUAAAAUUUUCUAUAAAAUACUAGUAUGCAAUAAUGAAUAAAUUAUCUCAAUAAUAGUAGGGCAAAUCUCCAAAAUAGCACAUUUCUAAGUUUAUAUCACAAAAAUAGCACUCAAAAACUAAAAUGACCAAAAUAACAUUUUAUCUUUUGAAAAAUUUAAAAUUUUUUAUUUUUCAAAAUUUGAAAUCUUAUCCCCAAAACCUCACUUCUCAACUCUAAACCCUAAAACCUAAACUCUAAACCCUA